CUGGACCUCCCUGCUUAGGUUGUUGCCCCCGUGACCCGAUUCCAGAUAAGUGGCUGAAAACGGAUGGAUGGAUGGAAAAAGAAGAGUUAUAAUAAUAGUUGCAGCACUUUCACACACAACUGGAGGGUUGUAUUAUGUGCUGAAAAGUAGCUAACAGUGUUAUAGUCCAGUCAAUCAUCAAUGAAAACAUUUUUGUUCCUGCUGUCAGUCUGCAUGCCGAUGAUUGUUGGGCUAUAACUUUUUUAUGCAUUUGUUUUUAUAGUUUUACUUUCUCUCCUUUUCAUGUCUUGACAGAAACAUUGCAAGGAGGUACGGGUAGCAGGCUAGCUCCAUCUCGAAAAUUUUAGGAAAACAAAGAUAGUCAAUCAAAUAACUUUGAUUGAAAAAAAAAACACCUGGAGUAUUUAUCAGUCCUCUGCAAGAACAGCCUCCACCAAACAGUGCACAACUUCCUGUUGGCAAGGUUGACAAAAACAAAAUUUCCAUUUUAAAUGAUCGCACCUCCAUAAAAAGGUGUCCGAAUUCUCUCUUCUCUGUGACACUGAUCAGGCAUAACUCAGGACUCUAGAUCACGUGAAUUCGCUCCUAUCAGGCAGGUGACAGGUGCCUGGGGGCGGGGCCUGCAGAAGCUCGCUGUGUCUGUUUGGAGCUGAUAGAGCACGGGCUGCGCAGCGCUUCACAGAUCACAGAGUAAGAAUUCACCAGAGGAGCAGGAGACUGGUAUCAGAGGAACAACCCUGGCCGAAACUUCAGGCUCUUCUGUGAUCCAGAACUUUUUUCACUUAGUUCCAGUAAAACAGGCGGAUACACACACAACAAUUUAAUCUGACAUCCCAAUCCUCCAACCAUCACCAAGGAGACGAUUCAGGAGGCCAUGAUGGCCUCAACUCCAGACGACACUACAAAUAAAAGACCUGAAGAAGAAGAUGAUGAAAAUGAGGAGGACUACAAGCCUAGUGCUUCUCCUCCGCUUCCUCCUGUUACCAUGAUAACACCAAAGGUUGAUCCUGCCAGCCAAUCAGAUGCUGCAGAGAAAACUCCUGCAGCUCCGGACAUCAGCUGGGACUCCAGUGAUGACACAGGCCUCACCCUGUCUGACUCUGUCAGCGAGGAGCUACCUUGGCAGAGAAAGAAAGAGGAGGAGCGGGAUGAAGAGGAAAUUAAGGCGGUGGCUUCUUCUCCUGAUGGUCGAUUCCUGAAGUUCAACAUCGAGAUAGGACGUGGUUCCUUCAAGACGGUUUACAGAGGCCUCGACACUGAGACCACCGUGGAGGUUGCCUGGUGUGAGCUGCAGACUCUCCGUCUGAGCCGAUCUGAGCGCCAGCGUUUCAGCGAGGAAGUGGAGAUGCUCAAAGGUCUGCAGCAUCCCAAUAUUGUGAGGUUCUUUGAUUCCUGGAAGUCAGGGCCGAGGGGCCAGAAAUGCACUGUCAUGGUGACGGAGCUCAUGACGUCUGGAACCCUUAAAACGUAUGUGCGAAGGUUUCGCCCCAUGAAGCUGAAACUGCUGCAGCGCUGGAGCAUCCAGAUACUGAAGGGGCUUCACUUCCUUCACUCACGCUCACCUCCCAUUCUGCACCGAGACCUGAAAUGUGACAACAUCUUCAUCAACGGGCCCACUGCCUCGGUCAAGAUUGGAGACCUGGGCCUAGCCACGCUUAAGAAGGCCUCGUUCGCCAAGAGUGUAAUUGGCACUCCUGAGUUCAUGGCUCCAGAGAUGUAUGAAGAGAAGUAUGACGAGGCCGUGGAUGUUUAUGCCUUUGGAAUGUGCAUGUUAGAGAUGGCCACGUCCGAGUAUCCGUACUCAGAGUGUCAAAACGCAGCCCAGAUCUACCGCAAGGUCACCAAUUUUGUCCUGCAGGGAACCAAACCAGACUGCUUUUAUAAGGUACAAGUACCAGAACUGAAGGAGCUCAUAGAGGGCUGCAUCCAGACCAGGAGCAGUGAGAGGUUCACAGUCCCAGAACUGCUGGAGCACAGAUUCUUUCAGGAGAAGACAGGUGUCCAUGUAGAGCUAGCUGAGGAAGAUGAUGGUUCGAAAGAAGCACUGAAGCUUUGGCUACGGAUGGAUGACAACAAGAAGCUUCUGGGAAAAUACAAAGACCACGAUGCAAUAGAGUUCCUGUUUGAGCUAUAUAAAGACGUCCCCGAGGAGGUUGCCCAGGAGAUGGUGAUCUUGGGCUUUGUAUCCAAGUCAGACUAUAAGGUAAUAGCAAAAGCAAUCAGACACAGAGUGACGGAGCUAAAGCGUCAGCGAGACAAAAAGCGCCGCCUCCAAGAAGAAGCUCUCAACAACCAGAAGGAAGCUCUCAAUGAAGAAGAUCCUGAUCCUGCCGGCCGGCAACCUGGGCUGGCCAAUCAGAAACUAGAAUCUGCCUUCAAUGCAUCUGCUACAGGAAGACCAGCCAGUCAGAAGGAUCUUUUCCUUGGAAUGUCGACUCCACCCACCACACCUUUGAAAGCUACCGUGUCCACAACUCACGUAAUGACAGCCCCGCCUACAAAACUAAGGACAAUGGCUCCGCCCACAACUUUGUGGACAGCAGGGACAUCAGUGGUGUCUUCAAGCAGUAGCCCAAUGGGUUCUGGCAAUUCCAGCAGAGCAGAAGAAGACAGAGAUGUGGACGAAGACAAAAAGACCACACAGAUGUCCCCAUCUUCUACUGCCUCAAACUGUGAGACCACUGUGCUCUCCAGUAUCGCAGAAAAGGCAGAAAUAUCUCCUGUUGACCCGAACCCCACCCUUUCCAAAACAGUACCUUUGCCCAUUCUGCGUUUCCCAAAGAGCAUUGCUGUUUCCCAGAAUGCUGAGAGACCUCCACCAAGAUCAGCCUGUGGCUUUUCUUCACCUGUUGACAGCUACUCCUCUGACAUAACCUCGGGUUUGAGUGACGCCAAUGAUGGCCAAUCAGAUAGAGGCAACCAGGAAGCUGCUACUAGAGAAGCUACAAAACAGUUCAGGAGAAGAGCCCGAGCUCGUUUGAGAAUCAUUGGGGUUUCUGAUAAGGUGGAUCGGGUGGUUGAGUGUCAGCUGCAGACCCACAACAAUAAGAUGGUGACAUUUAAGUUUGACCUAGAUGGAGAUAAUCCAGAGGACAUUUCAUCUGUGAUGCUCCACAGAGACUUCAUCCUGCCAUCAGAGCGGGAGGGGUUCAUCCUUCGCAUGUAUGAAAUCAUAAAGAGGGCGGAGCUAAUGAUGGACCAACAGCAUCCUGCUGACUCAAACACGAUAUCUCACUUGACGGCCUCCAUUCUACCUGAAUCCCAGUUGAACCUAGUGACAGGGGGGUUGUCCAGAACCAUGUCCUCAUCCUCUUUACCAGACAUUGAUGACAGUGACCCCACCCAGUUGAAAGCUGUGGAUUUCUGCAUUGACACUGAGUCCACGCCCCUUGUCAGACCACUGAGGUCACAGUCUUUUCAGACCCCUUCAGCUUCCUCAUAUCAGCUUCCACCUCCCCCUCCCCAUUACUCCCAUCCAGAUUUCAACACUCCUUUCCUCUCUCAUCUUCCUCCUGUUCCUCAGUAUCAUUUCCCAACCCAGCCAUACUCUACCUACACCGCCCCCUUUUCCACCUCUAGCCCCGUCCCUCCUCUUACCCGUGUCCACAGCAACCCUUCCCUUCUCACCCCUACAUCCUCUCCCUCUGCUCCUCUCCUUACUCAGUGGCCUUCUCCUGACCAGCCUUUAUUUUCUUUGAACAAUGUCCUCUCUGUUGCCAUGAGUGUGGCUCAGUCACUCAUGCCCCCACCAGGGGCUCCCAACCAGGGAUUUCAUCCCCAAACUCAGCCCCUGUCUCCCCCAUUCCUAACCCCCCAAGCUACCCUAUCACCUCCUGGAUCUCCUUCUCUGGGCUCCAGUCUCCACCAUCAAAGCCACAUCCCCAUCUCAACCCAACCAACCUACACACCCUCAACAGCACAUGCAGGCUGCACUCAGGAAAAUCAGCAGGGAGCACCAAUCAGCCAGACUUCAGACUCAUCUCAGCCCAUCAGUCCCAUCCUAAAGGCUGGCUUACCCCUGCCAUCUACUGAUUCGGAGAGAGUUUCUCCUUCGAUUUUGACCAGAACUCCCAGUCACAAAGGAGAGCUGUCUGAUUCAUCCACCUGCUCCUCCACCUCCACCUCCUCGUCUACUUCCACUCUCCCUUCAGCAACUCCUCACAAACUGGUUUCCCCUCCGAUGUCUCCAUCAGGCAGAUUGUCUCCUACCCUUCAAGUGAAGAACCAAGUCUUCAGUGUUGGUCGCUUUGAAGUAUCACCCUCUAAAGACAUUCCCAAUCAAAUGAAUCAGGAGCCCCACCCCUUUGACCAGGCCACACCCACCACACAAUCGCCUCCUUCUUCCAGGAGAAACCAAUCAAUAAGCAGCACAGGAAGCAGUACAGGGGAGAGUGAUUCAGACAGCCACCAACCAGUUAUCGUCGCACCACCUGGUAACCAUGGUAACCCCUCAUGUCAGGAGGAGAAGAAGAUGGGAAAUCACAAAAUAAGUGUCAGUUUGUCGGAGGAGUCAGCCUGCACCUUUGGUCUGACUGGUGGCAGCUUCAGCCAAUCACGGAGCCGCUCUCUAACCUACAGUUCUGACGAAUCAGAGGAGGACGAGAUGUGGGAGGAGUUACUGGAGCUUCGACAGAGACACCUGGUGCAGGUGCAGAAGCUGCAGGUGAGUCAAAAGCGAGAAAUGGAGGAGCUGUAUCGGAAGAAAGGUAAAGUUCCACCCCCUGGUGUCAUGUCUCCAGCGACCAUAUUGAACCACCGCCAUCGCCGUUUGUCAAAGACUGGAAGCUACACCCCUAAAACCAGCUCGCAGAUAUCGGACCCAUCGCGCCCUACAAGCAUCAUGAGGAAGAGUUCAGUGAGCGGCAGCAGCAGUGGAUCUCAGGACAGAGUGAUGAAAGCUGUGACCUUUGCCCCUGGACACAGCUGCAUGUGAGGUGCUAAAUUUUGACCUUCUGCACAUGAUGCCUGAAGAAGAGUACAUUUCCUGUUUGAGACUGAAAUCAAUUUUGAUGCCUCUUCUCCCUGAGAAAAAGAUCGUCUCUGAUGAGCGUCAGUUGAAACACCUUGAGGAGGAAACGGUCGUAGGACUUACAGACUCUGUAACAUGUGAAUAAACUAAUUCUUACAUUCAGCAUCUUGAAGAGAAUUUCUCAGUAAAUUUCAGAGGGAUGAUUUAUGUUAUGAAUGCUGACUGAGAGAUGCCACUUUAAUGAUGAUGAACUCAUAAAGUUUUACUUUUUAAACCUGUUUGAUGAUGAGAUGUAUUUAUUACAAGUUUUGUCAGAACCAAACUGCUGAAGUUCUGUUUAUUUAUUCUGCUGGAGUCAGAUAAAGCCAACCAACUGAUUGGUUAUUUAGCAAUGUUUAAUUUAGUGAUGUUUGAUUUCUGUUUUGAGAGAUGAGAGUCUGUGCAAAACAAUAAAAUAAAUCAUGUUUAGUUUUAAAA